AAUACGAAAGGAAAGCUGUGCCAAUAACGAGACGAAGAAGAAGAUCUCUGGUCAUCUCUCCCCUCAUCUCUGCUGCUACUGAGCGGUUUGGUCAGCUGAACGCGCCCAAUCCAGAUCUAGAAGAAGAAGAAGGAAGAAGUCAUCUGUGGCCAAUCACGAGAUGAGACUCGAGUCAAUUGCGAGUUGUUGAGUUGUGAGAGACGCGAGUGACGCGACCAGGGUCAAACAUCGGUGUGCACGAUUAUCGCGUGAUAAUUCGCCUGGAUUCUUCGCUGCUCCUAUUCAACAUCUUCGAGAGCCAUCGUCAUGUCGUGGCAAAGUGUGAGCUCGAGGAAUGAUUCCUGCAUGAAUAAGUGCCGCGCUUGCAUGAAGGAAGGCGGCAAGAUGUUUCCCAUGUACGAUGAUAAAGUCAUCAGCAAGAUUAAUCUACCGUACAAGCUCGCGCAGCUCACGUCCAUUCAGAUUGAUAGGUUUGAUGGAUUGCCCAAUAUGCUCUGCCCGAAGUGUGCCUACCGAACUAAUGUUUUAUAUAACUUCAGACUGGCAGUGCAAGAGUCAGACAAGAAACUUCGGAUGAUACGUGAAACGCAAAUGUGCACUGUGAAGAAAGAAGAGUUGAGUGAAAAGAACGGAGAUAGCAGUGUAAAAACAGAUGGAUCCUUGGAAUUAAAUACGUCAAGCAAUAUAAAGUCUAUAAGCAGUGCUGAUUUUGAGUAUAUAAAUGUUAAAAUGACAGAUGAGAAGUUCAAGGAUGAAGAACAAUACGAAAUUGAUGUAUCUCAGUUGAUUGAAAUCAAUGGCGGAGAUAACAAGGAGAGUUCACAGAUGAGUGAUGUUUUUUAUAAUAUUAUACAAGAAACUAAUGAGAGCCAGAUGGAUGUACAGUUAGUGAAAACUGAGUUACCUGAAGAAAUUUCGAAAAUGUUUACAACGCAGAAUGUCGCAAUAAUGUAUAUAUCAAAAUCUGCGAUUGACUCAGCGGAGAACACGUUGAUACUCGAUCCAGAACAAGAAGAAAUCGAAAAUAGUAGCGAUAUAUUUAUCCCCGAAUUGGAAAACUUGACUGGACAGGAAAGCGAAGAAGCCUCAAGCAAUGCGUGUAUUUCCGAUUCUGUGGAAUCUGAUACAACUACAAGGAAUAAAUGCGGCUAUUGGGAACAUCAAGAUACAACAACAAUAAUAAGUAUUAGUGAACAAGAACAACGUGAUAUAUCUCCACAAAAUGGAGAUAAAGAAACAAAACUCAAUAAGAGCAGUUCUAACAUUGAACAAUCCAUAAAAGCAGAGGAUAGCGAUGGAUCUGAUUCUGACUACUUUGUCGAUGGUAAAGACAAUAUAUUAGGCAGUGUGAGCGAUGCGAUUAUACGGAUAAAGGAAGUGCAGCAAGAAAAUGGGGUUGAAUAUCAAUGCACAUUGUGUCUGCAGAACUACGAUCAACUAACAAAUAUAUUACUGCACACCGUCGAUAAUCAUGUCCCUCUCAGUGGUCCAUUCUUUUGCAUGGUGUGUGAAAAGGACUGCAAAAGUCAUCGGGAGCUGCGAGCGCACGUGAAAACACACACUGGCGAGUUUCCAUACUCUUGCUUUCUUUGUAAAAAGGCAUACACCAAAAAGAGAUAUCUGAAGAGACAUAUGGCAUGUCAUCCCAACUUUUCACGGCACCGUUGCCUCAAGUGCGGUUGCCGCUUCAAGUCCAAAUCAGAAUUGGAAACUCAUGCGACGACACAUGAACAUGUCACACCCUACGCUUGCAAUCAGUGUACGCGUGUAUUUAAUCACAAAGGUAAUUACAAACGGCAUUUGAUCAGCCAUUUGGAUCCCCAAGGCCUUCACUUACCCAAAUAUCCGUGCAAUUAUUGUGACAAACGCUUUCCCAACAAUCGUACACUGCAAACGCAUAUACGGGUUCAUACCGGUGAGAAACCAUUCCAGUGUGACGUUUGUCAUAAGGCAUUCUCACAACGAGGCAACUUGUUGAACCAUUCAAAGAUACAUUCGAACCCUCGCAGCUACACGUGCGAAGUCUGCGGUAAAAGCUUCAAUCAGCGAGCCACAUUACGAGAUCAUGCAUUAUUGCAUACAGGUGAAAAGCCCCACGUAUGUAAUGUAUGUGGGAAAGCGUUUACGGUGAGCGCAGCAUUGAGAAGGCAUAUGUUCAAUCACGCUGACGGCAAACCGUUCAAAUGUGAAAAUUGUGGCAUGGGAUUUGUCGGCAAAUACGACUUACGACGACACAUGCGAGUACAUGAGGCUCGACCUAAGGAAAAGCGAAGAAGAAACGCAAAAACAGCCAAUUUUCUUAAACAGAAAUCAGAGGAAAGUCAUAUUGCAUUGGAAGAACCGAAUAUCGAAACUGUGUUCAUAGAAGUAGAAGAAGAAGAAGAAGAAGAACUUGUACCGCAAAACGUUACGCAGACAAUGCCUCAAGUCGAAUCAGAAAAGGAAAAUGAGGAUGCACUAUUUAAUCUUCAAUCUUAUAAUUCAGUUUUAUACAGUACAGCUGAGAGUAGAUCGUAAAUUAUAUAACGACUAUUAUCUUUAUUAGCAAACAUUUUUAUUUUAUUCAUAUAUUUACGCAUAGCCGUGUCAGCCGUAGUCAUUUUUCUUUCCUCUUCAACUUACUCCGAUGCAGAUGCAGCAAUAGAAUUUGUACAGCACUUUAUCAAGGUAUAGCUUUACUUCUUUUGAAGUUAAUAAAUAAUUAACUUUUCACAUAAAUAUACAUUAUAAUAAAUAUUUGAAAAUGUAUUUAAUUUUCGAGAUUGAGAUUUUUGCACUGCUAACUGUAUAAAUGUUGAAAAAUAAUUUUAUGAUACUAUUUACAAAUCAUAAAAAUAUUUCAUAAAUCUUUUUCUUAUAAUUUCCAUUUAGAAAUAGCGGUAUAGUAAUAUUUUAUAGUAAUGUGUCAGAACAUAAUUAUAUUUACGCACAACAUUUAGGUUAAUUCAGAAAUGUUUUGCAUCUAGAUUCUGAAUAUCUAGAAUAUUUUUAAGACAUACGAUUUCUAAAAAUUCCAAAGUUUAAUUAUUUAAUGUAUAAAUAAUUGCAAUAUGUUAGAAGUACUAUAAAUAGCAUUAAAUGAUUUUCAUUACAAAUUACAAUAAAUUAUGAAAAAAAACGUAUUUAAUUUCUAGAAGUUCUUCAUGAAAUUGUAUAUGUUAUACAUGAAUGGCAGUCUUAAGUUAAAGUAAAUCGUGAAAAUCAAUUUUUCAUAAUGAUGAAAUGGACUCGUUAAGCCGGUAUUGAUAUUGAGGAAUAGAUAUAGAUAUAUCUGUAGAUUAUCGAUUGUUGAUAUAGAUAGAUAAACAAUAACUUAAAAUGCAAUUAAAGUGACGAUUUAUCAUUGUACAUAAUAAAUAAUAAAUAAACUUACAUACUUUCGA